AUGACCACCAUGACCACCAUGACCACCAUGACCACCAUGACCACAACCACAACCAAAACCAAAACCACCACCACCACCACCACACCCAUAGACCCUUCCUUCCAGCCAGCCAGCCAGCCAGCCAGUCACCCAGCCAGUUAUACAUACACAGCCCAUCGCUUCAAGCAAGCAAGCAACCAUUCAUAG